UCGCGCAUAUCUUAAACAGCAGUCUUUGUGACGAGACCACUUGCAGUUUCAGAUCUAGAAUCUAGAUCUAGGCCUACUGUCGACACGGUGAUCUCACAGUUUUUCAAAGUUUGUUUUUGCAACGUAGAUCUAGACCUGACAACUUGAGCUGUUGUUCUCCUCCUGGUUGCUAAGAUGGCUCUUCUGAAGUACAGCAAUGCACAGCGCUUGAGCUUCGCUGGGGUUGUCAUUGGUUUCCUGUUGUGUCUGACAGGGUCCAUUGCACCAUACUGGAGAAAAGGAAGUAUCAGCGCAAACAACAUUCUUGGGCUGUUUGACUUUACUAUCCCUCUCUUGGGGGACAUGAAGUUGUCAAAGUUUUACGGAGGACUCUUCUGGGCUUGCAUAGAGGUACCGUUAGCUGACGGAAAAGACUGUGGGGUGUACGAUUUUGGCAAGCUCGAAGCUGUCCAGAAGAUGUUGCUGUUCCUGGUGUCGGUGCAAACAAUCCUGUCCUUCAUCUGCAUGAUCACCGCGCUGUGCCGUUCCUGCUGCUGCUCUGGAGGCAGGACCGUCUGCCACGGGAUCUUUGCUUUCCUGGCCGGCGGCGCUGGUGUUGCUGUGGUGACUGUCUUUGCGGCUGCCGCUGGGGACACAUGGGAAUUGAGUUUGAUGAGGCCUGAAUAUGAUUGGGCGUUUUAUGUGUACGCCGUAGGUUCGGGCAUCACCAUCCUGGCAUCCUUCGUCCUGUGCUUUGCUUCCCCUGACAACCAGUUGACAUCGAUGAUCAUGAGAACAACACAGAAUCCGUACGAGCGUAUGAAUGACGGCAGCGUAGUCGUCUCACAGACAAACAACAGUCACAUGAUGUCGCCGGUCGCCUACGCCGGAACUGGUUAUUGAAGGUGGUCACUGCUGGUGGUGCUGUGCUUUUCUCCGCCGUUGUGGUUGUAACAUUUGUGUCACGACGCGGUGGAAUCAGGCGCUCGUCAAUUUUUGGGCAUGGGGAGCUAUUGGUGUCGUCUUAAAGCUUUUUCAUUUGUCUUGCUUUUGAUGAAAAAUUCCCAUCUAUUUUGAGUAAAAGUCGGAAAGUGAAAAUUUACAUAUUUUGGUGCCUUUUUCAGUAAAAUCCACACAGAAAUGUGUUAUCAAAUGGACAUAAAAGAUGUUGAGCCAAAAAACAAAAAA